GUGGCUGUGUCGGGCUGGUGGUGGUUUGGAGGAGGAGACUAGGGCUGGCAGCGGUCUUAGUAUCUACCUUGGGUCGGCCUGAAGCUUGUAACGUUGUCUAUAUAUACCCUGUAGAACCGAAUUUGUGUGGUGUCCACGUAGUCACAGAUUCGAUUCUAGGGGAAUAUAUGGUCGAUGCAAAAACUUCACAUUUCUCCGAAAUAGCAAGAGAUGGAGGUGGAGAUUCCCGAAUGGGCCAGCCACCUCUGUGUUCCAGGAAGAUCAACUGUCCCUGGUGACAUCGGGCGGGCUUUUCCUCAAGAAGCUCUUCACCUUUAAAUAGAGGCUUCAGUGGAUGCUGCUGCAGCAAAAGGAGACCCUAACUGGUUACAUGAAUACUGGGCCCAAAAGGUUAGGUUUGGGAUUUCUUGGGGGUGAGGCAGAUGACCCCCAAGUUCCAGGUACAGCUCUGCCCUGCCCAGGGCAUGAGGUAUAAAUAGACCCAAUGGGUUUGGGGGGCCCUGUGGGAGGACAAAAGCAAGCUGAGAAGAGGGGCCAUAGGCACCUUUGGGGGACAUUUAGGUGAGGUGAGGAUCUCCUCACCACUUUCUGGGCCCAACCCUCAGCCACAAGAACCUGGGCUCUGCCACAUAAGUGAGGCCCAGCUUCGGCUAGCAACCCCCUGGCCUGGGCACCUGGAGAAAAGCACGGUGGUUACUCAUUGCCUAACUUAAUUCAGGCCCGCCAGAUUCUAGUAACUUUUGGGUGACCCUGAUGAAGACAAAGCCCGACUUGGUCUUUGUAUGGCAGAGUCCCCGCUCGGGCCGCCAGGAAGGCAAAGUGCCCAACUCAGAGGCCACCUCAUCCACCCACCUUUUGUCCCCUUGCACCCAAUAAAAAAAUUCAUUCUCCCUUGCACUGUGCUCACUUUGAGUGGGUGCUUUCAUCGAGGUGAGUGGAGAGGGCAGGAGAGGUUAACAAAAAUCAGUGGAGACAAAAGCUGAGAUUACCUGCUGAAAAUAGGGGAGACAGAGAUUAGAACUGCAUUCCUAUCUCGCAGGAGCCCUCAAAUGUGGCACGGCAAGUCAUUUGAUUACAUGUAUGUUAUUUAGUUAAAUUUGUGAAAAUUACGAGAUGCUCACCAAACCGGUGAUAAACUCGCUCCCUCCCCAUUGGCUGGCCUGGUCACAUGGCUGCCCAACUUUAUUCAGUUGACAGCAAGUAGGAGGGCCCUAUGGAAGGAGAAAAAAAGACAACACGAGAAAAAUUAGUAUUUUCUACCUUCUGAAAUUAAUGGCCAUGAGUUCGUAUAUGGUGAACUCUAAGUAUGUGGACCCCAAGUUUCCUCCGUGCGAGGAAUAUUUGCAGGGAGGCUACCUAGGCGAGCAGGGCGCCGACUACUACAGCAGCGGCGCACAGGGCGCUGACUUCCAGCCCCCGGGGCUCUACCCGCGGCCCGACUUCGGGGAGCAGCCUUUCGGAGGCGGUGGGCCCGGGCCCGGCGCAGCACUGCCCGCACGGGGGCCGGGACAGGAGGCGAGCGGCCCCGGCGGGCAUUACAGCACCCCGGGAGAGCCUUGCCCGGCGCCCCCGCCUGCGCCCCUGCCAGGCGCCCGGGCCUGCAGCCAGCCUGGCGGCCCCAAGCAGCCGCCCCCAGGGACAGCGCUCAAGCAGCCAGCCGUGGUCUACCCCUGGAUGAAGAAGGUGCACGUGAACUCGGUGAACCCCAACUACACCGGCGGGGAGCCCAAGCGUUCCCGGACGGCCUACACUCGGCAGCAAGUCCUAGAACUGGAAAAGGAAUUUCAUUUUAACAGGUAUCUGACUCGGCGCCGUCGGAUUGAAAUUGCUCACACUCUGUGUCUGUCUGAACGCCAGAUCAAGAUCUGGUUCCAGAACCGGAGGAUGAAGUGGAAAAAAGACCACAAGCUGCCCAACACUAAAGGCAGGUCAUCGUCGUCCUCCUCCUCUUCUUCUUCCUGUUCCUCUUCAGCCGCCCCAGGCCAGCAUUUGCAGCCGAUGACCAAGGACCACCACAUGGACCUGACCACUUUAUAGAAGUGGGGACCCUGGGCCCAUCCCUCCCUGCGCUCCAGGCUGAGCCGAAGCUGCGGGGGCAGGCCGGGCCUGCUGUGACCUCGCUGGGCUCUAAGGUACUGUGAGGUGGACCUGGGACCUGCAGGCCGCCCUCGGACUAGGUUAGCACCCUGCCCGAGGGCAGCCCCCUCCCUAAAGUGGAGAUGCGGGCGGGAGGGGUGGGCGGGAUUCUCUAAGUAUAUUAUCAUAUGGCUAAAGCUACUGAGAACAUAAAACCCGUGGCGAGUCAUUAAACUCAUGAAAAUCUCUGCUGUUGGAUUUUGAAUUUGCAAAUGAAGGUUGGAUGCUUUAUUCCAGUGUGAAUUUGGAUAGUCUCCCCCACUCUACCCCUCCGGAGAGUUUUGUGGUUUGGUAUUGUGGGGAGCUGAGGCAGAAGAUUGUCCCCCCCCACCAUAGGUGCUCCACAUGAGCUGGAUGGCUGGGCCAAGAUUUUUGAAUUUCUAGCUUGUCUGUACAAUUUCCAGUGUAAUUUAUUUUUUAAAAAAAGUUUUGCUCACAGUGGCCCAUGCCCAAAGAAACAAGUUUUAAGAAGAAAAGAAAACGGGUUGUUUUAUGUUUAGAUUAUAUUUGCUUAAAUAUUUAUUUGUUGGGAGAUUGGGUGCAGAAUAACUGACACCUUCAUACCAAAAAUCUUAAGGCGGUGGAAUGGGCCGAGCUUCAGGGAACUGAGUCAGAUGUGCAGACUUACAUCUGACUGUAACCUGCACUUUGAACUCCACCCCCUCCUGACUCCCUGGAAAUAUGUGUUGGGGGCCUUUAACCCUUUUAGAGAGAAGGGAAGGAUCCACUCCAAGUUGAGUUCUUGAAAAUAUAAUUCCACAUGUGAUUUUUUUUUCAACAUUGUGCUUAGAGCCAGUUCUGGGUGAUUAAAGGAAAGGGCAAAAAAGAAACAAAUGGUCCAACAUUUUCCUUUUGGGGAAAGAAAACAAAACCUCUAUGCUCUGGGUCCUCAGAUAAUGACUGAGGUUCCUGUUGCAACUGGAUUCCAAAUGUCCCAAAUACCCUCCUAGAAGUAUUUUGUAAGAAUUAGUGUAUGCUUAUAUAGGAGAGGAGCUGUGCAAUGGGGCGAAGGUGAGUAGAGAAAAAAAUCUUGUUUUUAAAAAGAAACCAGUUGAAUCUUAAAGUUCUCAGAAGUUGGUAGGUUUCUUCUCCCUUCUUGAAGUUUCAAUUUGAAAAAAAAAAAAAAAAAAAACAAACUAAGGAAGUUUUUUUCAAACCAUUAAUUAGAAGCAGAAAUUGUAAAAGUAUUAAAAUUUUCAGGCUUCCUUUGCCUUUAGAAUAGUGUUGUUUGAGUAUUUAAAAACACUCAAACAACAAGAGAGAUGUUUUUAGUCAUUUUUCUUAUGUCAUGUCUGGGAAGAGUUCAAAGCUUAUUUUUGUGAAAUGCCGACCCUUAAGGAUAGGGGAAAAGAGAAACGCCAGAGUUCAUAUACUCAAAUGAAACAAGUCUUCCUAAGUUUGAAGCCCAAAACCUCAGGCUCCAAGAAAGAAACCUCUGUUUGCAGUUACUAAAAAGUGACAAAAGAGGGGGAGGAAAAAGUGGUAAGCUUAAAACUUAAUUCUAAGACCUCUAAUGAGGUUAUUUUUCAGUGCUUUAGACCACUUGAGAAGGUUUCAAUGAUAAUCUUUAAAAUAUACUGAGUGGAAGGGGGAGUGACUUUCUCUGCAGGCAUGUUCUUUGGUUCUGGGUCUCCUGAGAGCUACAGGCAGGUAUUCACUGGAGUCCCUAGGCUGAAAUUCCGCUUCUCUAAAGUGUCUUCCAAGCCUUGGUCUUUUGUAUUAGACCCAGGGGACAGCUCUUUGUUCCUCCUUGGGGUGAGCCUGGCUCUCAGACUUGCACAUGGCAAUACUUGAAUAUGGCCACGUCGGGAUAUUAAAGAUGGAUAUUCCUGCAUUAUUCCCAUCAUUGUUUCUAUGACAAAAAGCACAGAGUUCAUACAUAGUCAAGAUGUCUUUUUUGUGACGCCCUCACGUUGAGAAGCUGAAAAGGUAUUUUACUGAAGUUCGGCUAAAUUACAGAAUCAGGUUCAUCCAGAGGACAAAUUUUCUAUUCGAUUAGCUGUAUUUCAGCCUGGAGGACUGACCUCUAAACCCUUAACCUUUUGGACCCUAACUACCCUCCCCCCCCCAACAUGGAGAGCAGUCUUUGGAUGUAGCUAGCAUUUGAAAAGAGCCUCUAUGCUUAGACAGCUUGGAAAGUUGCUAAAAUUCUUUCCUAAAACCCAAAUCUGUGUACAUUGCAGCUUCUCCUUGGGAGAGGAAAAGGAUGUCUAUUUUUGUGAUAUCUAACUACAUAGAUACUAUGGAGAUUAUCACAUAGAUUUUCUUUCUCAUGAGAAGUUCUGGUAUUCACCCAGGUUCAGAUCACAUGCCACCCUGCUUACCUGCCUUCACUCCUGUCCCAGAGGAAAGCCGAGAGAGAUGUUUUCCAGAUUAAAGUCCCAGUUCCUCCUCUAUCAUAGUCCCACUACUUCGGAAAGUAACUUAAUCAGAGAAACAACUUCUUUGUUUUUAAGUCUGACCUCUCGGUCUCAGCUAAAGAGGGAUUGUCUUUUGAAAUGUUAAUGGAGCCUAGACAGCCCAGAGGCAGAUCCCAACCCAAAAGUCCUACUUGGACCCUGAUAUCCAUUUGGGUCCUCAAAAUCCAGCCAGGCCAGAGGUGGGGCCCUCCAACCACCCAUAGCAGGGCCAGAAAAUGAGUUUCCAUCUGGGAACGUGCUCUUGAGAAAGCUCGACGUGGGGAGGGUCCAGUCCCCAUUUGCUACUGUUUGUUUCCAGUUUGUUCCCCCAAAUAUGAGCCAGAAGUGUUUGCUCGAUCGUGUUUUUUUUUUUUUUUGUUUUGUUUUUUUAAAACCUGUGUUGGGGUCCUGGCUGGGGGGAGGCAUGAAGUGUUUGCUGAGGAUAUUGCUCCUCUGACCCCAUCUCACUUUGUCUAUUGCAGCCUUUUGUUGUGAGAUGACAUUGUCAGUCAGCCCGGUGGAAUCUGUUCACAUGAGAUGCUUUUUUAAUAGAACUGACCAAUGUUUUGCUGCCACUGAUUAAAGUAUUAUUUAUACUAAUUGUUGCCUGUAGUUUUGAUGUAAUUCAUUGAUCUAUAUUUGAAAUAAUAAAAA